AUGUUAAGUUGCAUAAUGCCACUUUUGCUGCAUGGGACGCUCGAUGUGAUCAUAUGUGAGGUGGAUACACUACCAACUCUUAACGACUGCGAUUUCAACCUCUGCUGCAAGGGUACAAGUAGAAGCGUGAAGAAGAGAUUCCUUUCCCAACUCAAGAGUUGUUUGUUCUGUCAAUGCCAAUGCCAGCCCGGGUUUACCCAAACGGGCCUCUAUGCAACAGUUGAUUUAGAUAAGGCAAGAGUUGCAAGGACUAGACUGUUAAAUGAUCAACCCUCCAACCCCAGGUGGAAUGAGACCUUUCACAUAUACUGUGCACAUUUGAUCUCCUAUGUUAUAUUCACUGUCAAACAAAAAGACCCAAUUGACGCAACUCUAAUUGGAAGAGCUUAUAUCCCUGUUGAGCAAGUUGUGAAAGGUAACAUAGUGGACAAAUGGGUAGAAAUAUUAGACGAGGAUCAUAACCCCAUACCAAGUGACUCUAAAAUCCAUGUCAAAAUGCAAUUCUCUAGUGUUAGGAACGACAUAAGCUGGUCUGAAGGAAUAAUAGGUCCAAGGUUUCAAGGAGUUCCCCACACCUUCUUCAGUCAAAGAACUUUAUGCAACGUUACUUUGUACCAAGAUGCCCAUGUUUCCGAUAGUUUUAAGCCGUUGAUUCCCUUGUCUCUAAGAAAGCAUUAUGAGUUUGGGAAAUGCUGGGAGGAUAUUUUCAAUGCCAUUUCGGAUUCCAGGUACUUUAUUUACAUAACCGGUUGGUCUGUGUACACUGAAAUAACCUUGAUUAGGGACCCCAUGCAGCCCGAAAGAAUCACCCUUGGGGAAUUGCUCAAGAGGAAAGCUGAGGAAGGUGUUAUGGUUCUUAUGCUUGUUUGGGAUGACAGAACAUCUGUGCCAGAUUUCAAGGAAGAUGGCUUGAUGGCAACCCAUGAUCAAGAAACUGCUGAUUACUUUAAAAACACAAAGGUGAAUUGUGUUUUGUGUCCAAGGAACCCGGAUGAUGGAAGAAGCAUAGUGCAAGGUUUUGAAACUUCAACAAUGUUCACUCAUCACCAAAAGACUAUAGUUGUUGAUAGUCAAGUUGUCGGGGCUGCUAUGGGGCAACGACAGAAGAGAACAAUAGUAAGUUUUGUAGGAGGCAUUGAUCUUUGUGAUGGGAGAUACGAUACUCAAGAACAUCCUCUAUUUUCAACUUUGGAUACAGUGCAUAAAGAUGACUUCCAUCAGCCAAAUUUCCCAGGUGCUUCCAUCAAGAAAGGUGGUCCAAGAGAGCCAUGGCAUGACAUUCACUGCAAGUUAGAAGGGCCUGUUGCUUGGGAUGUUUUGUUCAAUUUUCAACAACGGUGGGAGAAGCAGGUUGGGAAUCAGCUCCUAUUCCCUUCAAGCAUGCUUAACGAGUACUUUGUCCCUCGAUCCACUGCGGCAUUGACAAAUGAUAAUGACACAUGGAACGUUCAGUUGUUUAGAUCCAUUGAUGGUGGUGCAGCUUCUGGCUUCCCUCAAGACCCAGAAGAAGCAGCUGAAUUAGGCCUUGUUAGUGGGAAAGACAACAUCAUCGAUAGAAGUAUUCAAGAUGCUUAUAUAAAUGCUAUUCGACGAGCCCAAAACUUCAUCUACAUUGAAAACCAAUAUUUCCUAGGGAGUUCAUAUGCUUGGCAAGCAUCUGAUAUUGUAGUCGAGGAUAUUGGUGCAUUGCAUCUUAUACCAAAGGAGCUGUCAUUGAAGAUUGUUAGCAAGAUUGAAGGAGGGGAAAGGUUUUCUGUGUAUGUUGUUAUACCAAUGUGGCCAGAAGGCAUACCUGAGAGUGCUUCAGUCCAAGCAAUAUUAGACUGGCAAAGGAGAACAAUGGAAAUGAUGUAUGCUGAUAUAGCUCAAGCCAUUGAAAGAACUGGAACUGAAGCCCACCCAAGGGACUACUUGACCUUUUUCUGCCUUGGAAACCGUGAAGGUCAGAAGGGUGGAGAGUAUACGCCUACAGAGGCACCGGAACCCGACAGUGAUUACAGUAGAGCACAAAAGUCUAGGCGAUUCAUGAUCUAUGUUCAUGCCAAGAUGAUGAUAGUUGACGAUGAAUACAUAAUAAUUGGUUCUGCCAACAUAAAUCAAAGAUCAAUGGAUGGAGCAAGAGACAGUGAGAUUGCAAUGGGUGCAUUUCAGCCACGCCAUUUAGCAGUUUAUGAUAGACCACCCAGAGGACAAAUAUAUGGAUUUCGACGUGCCCUAUGGUAUGAACACCUAGGGGAUCCUGAUGAUGGUACAAACAUUUUUGGCGAUCCUAAAAGCAAGAAAUGCAUCAGGCUUGUGAAUCAUCUUGCUGAAACCAACUGGGCCAUAUAUUCUGAGGGAACGUUUGAUGAGACUAGAGAAUUUCACCACCUCAUGCGUUAUCCCAUUGAAGUAACCAACAAGGGAGCCAUAAGGAGCCUUCCAGGGCUUGAAUAUUUUCCUGACACCAAGGCUCGGAUUUUGGGUUCUAAAUCAGACUAUCUUCCUCCAAUUCUCACAACCUAG